UGGGGCUGGAGCGGCUUGCCACGUCUGGAUGUAUGUGCUUUAACUAUUGCUGAUAUCCAUAAAAAGACCCGUGAUUAUGGAAUCGACGGAAACCCUGAAAUUCGAUUUCGAUCGAGCUGGGCCGAGCAGAAGGCGGAUAUCCUCGAUUUUAAAAGCCCCCCGCAUGUCGAUGAAAGAUGCCGGGGCAGACACCGACCAGAAGGAGAAUCAGGUCCAACCCAUAGAAAAAAGAAGUUCAAGAAGAGUCAGCUUUGCCGCCACCAAAGAUGUUCUUGUCUUUUGCAAGGAGAUGACCAGUUCAUCAGAUGAUCAGAGUCCUUCGCCUUCUUGCACAUCUAUGGGACCAAACAGUGGAGCACCUAACAGACCAGUCCUUGAUGGUAUUGAAAACCUCUUAAUGGCACCACUGCAAGUACCAGGACAAAAGCAAAAGGUCCAGUUCUUCUCAGAUCCAGUGCUAAGUGCCCAGAAUGAGAAGACUGUUCUUUUUGGAGAUGACUCGGCAUGCAUGGAUAUGACCCAGUGUCAUACAAUUCUUAUUGAUGACGAGAACAGCGGCCCCAACCUCCUUCUCAACACUGAAAAGCCGCUAUCCGCUGCUCGGCUUGGAGAGCCUGCCUCCACGGCAGACGACUUGAACCAGAGAGGCAGAUUACUCACCGAAAUGGGAGAUGUGUGUUCUCCAGUCUCGAAAUCCACUUCAGAUUUCGCAGCCUUCUUUGCAACGCUGUCCAAGAAAAACUUUGACAGCAGUUCGAAGGCUGUGGAGAAGGAAAGUGAUGCACUGCCAAAGGACCCGCAGAAUGCUGAAAGGGGGGCAGCUUUCGGAAUGUUUCUUGCAAGCCUGUCAAAGCCAAGUGGACUUAGUACUUCACAACACGUCGAUCCCAAUUCAACUUUUCAAGCUAGCAGUAGCAUAUUUAUGUCCCCGCUUUUGAAUUCAGACAGCUUUUUAAUGACUAAAAGAAGCCGUGGUGUGACGGACAAAGAGAACCAGCCUUUGAAAUUGACUGGUUUUGAUGAUGACAUGGACUUUACCACAAGCCACACUGCUGCAGUCAACUUCAAAGGUGUGGCUGAUGCCAAGGGCCCUGAUCCCAAAUCCAGCAAUUCACGGAAGAGUCUGACCGCAAACAGGAGCGUCGUGUUCACACAAGAACCAGGAGAUGACGAUAUGGACUUUACAAAGAGUCACACUGCUGCUCUCAACUUUAAAGAUAGUGUUCCACAAAACCCUGUCCAUUCCAUGCGUGGUGCCCCAUCUUCACUGCAGCAGCAAAAGUUUUUUAGUAAUGUAUCCACCGCUACCUUUGAGGCUGACGACAUGGAAGUGACCAAGUGUCAGACUGCCAUAAUUGACACCAAGGGCCUUGAUGCCAAGUCCAGCAAUACACGGAAGAGUCUCUCUGCAAACAGGAGCGUCAUGUUCACACAACAACCAGAUGACGAAGACAUGGACUUUACAAAGAGUCAUACUGCUGCUCUCAACUUUAAAGAUAGUGUUCCACAAAACCUUUCCAUGCAGGAUUCCCAAUCUUCAGUACAACAGCAGCAGAAGUUUUUUAACAACAUAUCCACCGCUGAAUUUGUUGGUGACGACAUGGAAGUGACUAAGUGUCAGACUGCCAUAAUUGACACCAAGGGCCUCGAUGCCAGGCCUAGUAGUAGUAACACACGGAAGAGUCUCUCUACAAACAGGAGCGUCAUGUUCACUCAGCAACCAGGAGAUGAUGACAUGGAGUUUACAAAGAGUCAUACUGCUGCUGUCAACUUUAAAGAUAGUGUUCCACAAAACCCUGUCCGUUCCAUGCAGGAUUCCCAAUCUUCAGUACAGCAGCAGCAGAAGUUCUUUAGCAAUGUAUCCCCCGCUACUUUUGAGGCUGUUGACAUGGAAGUAACUAAGUGUCAGACUGCCAUAAUUGACACCAAGGGCCUUGAUGCCAAGUCAAGUGCUGCACGGAAGAGUCUGUCUGCAAACAGGAGCGUCAUGUUCGCACAACAACCAGGAGAUGACGACAUGGAGUUUACAAAGUGCCAUACUGCUGCUGUCAACUUUAAAGAUAGUGUUCCACAAAACCCUGUCCGUUCCAUGCAGCAUGCCCAAUCUUCAGUACAGCAGCAGCAGCAGAAGUUUUUUAGCAACGUAUCCCCCGCUACUUUUGAAGCUGACGACAUGGAAGUGACUAAGUGUCAGACUGCCAUAAUUGACACCAAGGGCCUUGAUGCCAAGUCCAGUACCGCACGGAAGAGUCUGUCUGCAAAUAGGAGCGUCAUGUUCACACAACAGCCAGGAGAUGACGACAUGGAGUUUACAAAGUGUCAUACUGCUGCUGUCAACUUUAAAGGUAUGGAUGUGGUGAGGCAGUCAGUGAGCAGUGUCCAAGCAGCUCAUGGAUCUGGUUUGCAUUUCACUAAUGCACCGUUUUUCUCUGACGCUGCAACCAUUGAGGGACAGGAUAAUGUCUCACUGAACCCCAUCCUUUCCAUGCGGGGUGCCCAAUCUUCAGUGCCGCAGCAGCAGAAGUUUUUUAGUAAUGUGUCCUCUGUUGAAUUUGAUGGUGCCGACAUGGAGGUGACUAAGUGUCAGACUGUCACAAUUGACACCAAGGGCCUUGAUGCCAAGUCCAGUACCGCACGGAAGAGUCUGUCUGCAAACAGGAGCGUCAUGUUCACUCAACAACCAGCAGAUGACGACAUGGAGUUUACCAAGUGUCAUACUGCUGCAGUCAACUUCAAAGGUAUGGUUGAUGCCAAGGGCCCUGAUCCCAAGUCCAGCAAUACACGGAAGAGUCUGUCUGCAAACAGGAGCGUCAUGUUCACACAACAGCCAGCAGAUGACGACAUGGACUUUACAAAGUGUCAUACUGCUGCAGUCAACUUUAAAGGCAUGGAUGAUGCCAAGUCCAGCAAUACACGGAAGAGUCUGACUGUAAACAGGAGCGUCAUAUUCUCACAGGAACCAGGAGAUGACGAUAUGGAUUUUACAAAGUGUCAUACUGCUGCUGUCAACUUUGAAGAUUUGGAUGUGCUGACCAAUGUCCGGAAGGAACAGAAGAAGAAUUUUUCAGAAAGCACCAUCCCCCAGAGAGAAUCAAGGCUUCCCCCUUUGCUGCAAGGUGCCCCUUUUUCAGGGCAGCAGAAGUUUUUUAAUAUUCAGAAUGAUCUGUGCACUGUUGACUCUGCUGGUGCUGACGAUAUGGAAGAGACAAGGUGUCAGACUGUCGUAAUUGACACCAAGGCGGACGAUGGCAAGCCCAGUAACACACAAAAAAGUAUGUCAGCAAACAGAAGUGUCAUGGUCACUCCAGAUGAGGAAAAAGAUGGCUGUGAUGCCUUUGGCAGUAACAUGGGGGCAACUCAACUCGGCAUUCCUGCUGGUGUUUCCAUGAACUUUCAAAACAGACAACUCAACGGGCCCAGUGUGUCAAGUUCCAGUGUUGCAGGAGCCCAGUUUGAUUUGACUGAGUCUAACCAGUCAGUUAGGGGAAGUAUUUUGAAAAACAGCCGAAUCUCAUCUUGCGUGCCCUCUUCAUUACGGCAUGCAGCGUUUUCCAGAGAUCCCCAUCCAGAGGUAGAAAUGACUACUACUGUGGCUGGUGGUGAGAUGGAAAUGACGCGUUGUCAGACGGUUGACAUUAAUACUAAAUAUAAAGCGAUGACGAGCAGAGAUGACUUCCCUGAUGUCCAUAUUCAAACAACCAAUAGCGAAUCUAGCGUUUUGCCCAUGACUAGUAAUGACACCUCUGCCUCCAGUCAGAUGAUGGGUGCUCAUGCAUCAGAGUUGCAGAGAUCAACUAAUUGUGAAGACCAGAGAUUUAUACCCUACAAAGAGAUCAAUCCCACUCCUGAGAGGUUUUUCCCAGCUCUUGGUGUGAAAGAUGUGGAACCGAUCAGCGGUAGCAAUCCUGUGAUGAUUGAUGAUUCAGAAGUGAUGAGGAAGUCCAUGUCUGCCGUGAACAAAGAAUCAAGGUCCCAGAAAUUCUUCAAGGAUGGGCAUGACUUGACGGAACAGCUGCGUCAGCCUUCGUCCCGGGAACGAUGUGAGCCACUGCAUCAGGAAAAGAGCCUUGUUGCUCCUGUGUCUGCGAGACCUGAAAUGGAAGUCUGUGCAGAGACUUGUAUCACCAACUCUGGAUGUGAAGACAACGUUGACUUGGGCAAACCGCAUGGAGCCUUUCCAACUGACCCAGUUUCCAAAAGUGACAAUCCAGCAUCCCAAAAAACUAAAUCAAGGCGCAGAAGCCUUCUAGAUCUACAGGCUACACUGAGACGCAUCUCACAAGCCGUAAGCAAUGAUGAUCCUCCCCAAAUAGAUCUCCAUAGUGCCACCGCGCCACUACCUUGCUUGGAGGUGACCGAAAACACAGCAGCAGAUCUUGAAACAAUAACAACAACAGCAGCAGACACAGCGGGUGACGGUGCACAGAAGACUGCAGAGGUGUUAUCUGAAAGCACCGCUGAGGCCUCCAGAGCAACCUCCUCCUCGGCCAACCAUGACACUAAGCCACUCAACACGCGUGUCUCGUUAGGAAUUCUACCCAAACUGCCAUCAAGACCAAAACCACCAGCAGCUGCAGCUACAGGUCACGAGACCACAAGGACGGGCACUUACAAAUUCAGCUUUCUCGAAGCGGAGGAACUUCCAGCUGCGUCCAUUUCCAACCUGCCUGACGACUUUGAAGAUGACGACCGCAUCGACGCUGAAGAGCUUCCCGAGUUGAGCAGCAAAGAGGACAUCUCAGAUGAAUACUCUGUCAAGCAGAACAACACGGGUGGAGAUGUGGACCACAGUGUGGACGGCCCUGAGGAGGAGGAGGAGGAGGAAGAGGAUGACGUCUUCCUGUCUGACUCUGCCACCUACAGCCAGAAAAGGCCACGUCCUCCAGAGAACGGACAGGAGGAUGACGUGCUGUUGGAGCCCAAGAGGAGACAAGAGGGUUUCGUUAGUGACGACCUUCGGUGGGAUGCCAAUAUCACGGACGAGGCCUCCAACGUCAUGACCAAGACGAUGGAUGCAACAGGCUCCAGCAGGAACUCCACCUACCUCAAGUCGGACUCCACUUACAAGCACAGCCAAUGUGACUCCCAGAUUGAGCAGAAUUUGGACUAUGAAUUUGCUCAUUAUCAGAAAAUGGAGGACGGGAGCAUCACAGUGAACGAAUUCCUGAAGUACUUUGGCAUCGACUUUGUCAUCCACAGGUCACGCCCAAGCGCCCUCCCUGACAAUUUUUCACGCAAGCAAGGAGCAGAGCUGGAGCACUUACUGAGGGAGGCUCUCAUUCACCGACCGAAGCAGAGGGUUUAUGAAGCUGACCGCGAGAAGCUCACUGAUCUGGUGGAAAGUCUCAAGCCACGUUUGAGGGAACAAGACUAUCCCCUGAAACACAUGAAUGAAGCCCUUUUGAAGGAGUUGGGACACCUUUCCACGGAGCAGCUACAAUGCUUUGGAUCCAAGAUGAAAGGGAGGAAGGCGUAUUUCCGAAAGAAGAGCAAAAUGACCUUGCAUGCAAUGAAGGCUGACAUGUACUCUGAGCUUGUGCAAACCACCCAGGAGGCCAAACAGAAACUUGAAGAGAAGCUUGUGGAGACGGAUGCCUUGUUGGAAGGUCUUGACAGAUGUAUCAAUGAUUUAGAAGGCGAGUUGGCAGCUGUGGAGAGCGUCUUGAGAGUGGACCAGGUACAUACGCAGAUUGGCACGUUGCCAGCCCUGAAGAAUAAGCAAGAGGAACUUAACCGCUUGGAGACUGCACUUGAUGAGAGACGAAGGGAAAUGGCCCUCCUGCAGACUGAGAACAAGAACAAAGCAGAAAAACUGGACUGGUUGAAAGCCGAUAUAAAGGAUAUUAGGGAGCAGACCGCUGUCUUGGACAGUUUGAAUGAAUGGAAGUUGAGUUUGAAGGAGGCCGGAAGAACCGUGUUUAGUUUUCUUCACAACACACUUUUGUUGAAAGUGGCUCAUGAGCCGUGGACGGGACUGCCUAACGACUCAGAAAAGAAACUGCUUGGUGUUUCAUUACAGUUUCAAUUGGAUGCGGGAAAUCCAGACGGUCGCACAGCACUGGUCCAUGACCUGCUCUCAGAGGUUUUCAGAUCUGAAACGGACUGGUUGAAAAAGUACCCCACCAGUCACAACCUUCCUCUGCUUCUGCAUGACGUGAGCCUGGCAGUGAGCCGCAAGCGUCUGCUGGGGUUCGAGAUCGAGCGGCUGGACAAGUAUGGUGCCCUCAGGCUGGACGUCCUGGUGAUCAGCUGUGCAGAUAGGAGGAUCCAGCUGGAGUUCUCCAGCCUCAAGACUUUUGUCAAGUUUACACUGACUCUGGCAGUCACCGCCGCCUAUCCCCUCGGAGGGCUCACUAUCCAUGACUUCCAGAACCACAUUGGAGAUACAAGGGUUGAGCAAAUUCAAGAUGUGCUCUCCUCCACUGAACCUGGCCGAAACUACUUGACAAAGAUGGUCAAGAAAAUCCAUGACCAGCUACUUGUAUAAUGUUUUGUUUGAUUUCCAAAUAAAUGUAUAUAUUUUUUGUUAAAAGAAAAACAAAAAGAAGCUCAUCUGUAUAGUCAAAUAAAGGUAAUUCAUGUCUCCA